CCUUCCCUGCCCCCGCCUGCCCCGGGCCUCCCCCACCGCCUCCCGCUGCCCCGCGUGCCUCGCAGGGCGCCGGGCCGGCUCGGGGUCCGUGCGCCGCGCCGAGCCGAGCCGCAGGGAGGGACGAGGGAGGGAGGGGAGGAAGGAGGGAGGCGGGGAGGGAGAGAAAGAGAGAGAGGCUGAGCCAGAUCUUCAUGCCACUGCAGGCAGCAGCAGCAGCAGCAAAACUUCUGAAGGUUUGCAGAAGACAAUAAGAGAACCACCAAGAAGACUAUUGCAGUCUUGGUUUUGUCAGAAAGUACAAAUAGCUGUGAUGAAAAAAAGUGAGGAAAGGAAACUAGAUUGAUGGAGGUGAAAAAUCACACCAAGAGUGACUGAGGAAAUCUGUGAACCUAUGCCUUAGGUCAAUUCCAGAAGUCUGGUACCAGGACUGUCACUCCAGCUUCCUCAUUGCUCUUGGUGACUGGGACAUAUCCCAACUCUAUUUGCCUGUUGAAUGUGUGGAAAAUAUCCUUCUGAAGACAACUGUCUCCUUUGUGUUUGAGUACCUGCCACUAUAUAAAUACUCAUCAGUUGGAAUCUACUACUGCCAGUAUGUAUCAUUCUGUGUCUGAAACCAGUCACCCUUUGCAAACAGAGGAACAAGAGAUAGGCAUUGAUCCCUUGCAGAGUUUUUUGAACAAACCUGGGGAAGGAGGAUCAAGUGAAAAUGGAAGCACACCCCCCACCUCAGAUUCAGAUGGAACUUUUACCUCUUACAGUAAAGAAUGGGAAGAACUAUUUGUAAACAACAAUUACUUGGCAACUAUACGGCUGAAGGGGAUUAAUGGGCAGCUGAGAAGCAGCAGGUUCCGUAGUGUUUGCUGGAAGUUAUUUCUGGAUGUUCUCCCACAAGAUAGAAGUCAAUGGAUUAAAACCACUUCAGACUUAAGAACUUCUUACAAUAAGAUCAAAGAAAUUCACAUUACAAACCCUCGGAAAGCAGGACAGCAAGAUCUGAUAAUCAACAACCCACUCUCUCAGGAUGAGGGGAGUCUUUGGAAUAAAUUUUUCCAGGAUAAAGAGCUUCGAGCAAUGAUUGAACAAGAUGUGACAAGAACCUUUCCUGAAAUGCAGUAUUUCCAGCAAGAGAAUGUAAGGAAAAUUCUUACAGAUGUUCUGUUCUGCUACGCCAGAGAAAAUGAGCAGUUGCUUUAUAAACAGGGCAUGCAUGAACUUCUAGCUCCCAUUGUCUUUAUCCUACAUUGUGACCACCAGGCUUUUUCACAUGCCAGUGAAGCAGCACAACCCAGUGAGGAAAUGAAAGUUCUUUUGAAUCCUGAAUAUCUGGAACAUGAUGCCUAUGCAAUGUUCACACGUCUUAUGAAAACAGCAGAACAUUGGUUUUCAACUUUUGAACAUGACAGUCAAAAGGAGAAAGAUGUGAUGAUAACACCUACGCCCUUUGCAAGGCCACAGGACUUGGGGCCAUCUAUUGCUAUUGUAGCAAAAGUAAAUCAAAUUCAGGAUCAUCUGCUGAAGAAACAUGAUAUUGAGCUGUACAUGCAUCUGAACCGACUGGAAAUUGCUCCACAGAUUUAUGGACUGCGAUGGGUAAGGCUCCUGUUUGGACGUGAAUUCCCUCUUCAGGAUCUUCUGGUUGUCUGGGAUGCUCUGUUUGCUGACAGUAUCACCCUGAAUUUAGUUGACUACAUUUUUGUAGCCAUGUUGUUGUAUAUCAGAGAUGCCUUGAUUUCAAGUAAUUAUCAGACCUGUCUGGGACUUCUUAUGCAUUAUCCACCUAUUGGAGAUGUUCACUCCCUUAUCCUAAGAGCACUUUUUCUCCGAGAUCCAAAGCGAAAUCCAAGACCAGUGACUCACCAGUUCCAACAAAAUUUAGAUUAUUACAAAGCACGUGGAGCAGACUUGAUGAACAAAACCCGUGCCAGUGCUAAAGCUGCUCCUCUGAACAUCAACAAAGUCUCCAACAGCUUACUGAAUUUUGGGCGGAAGCUCAUUGCUCCGGCCAUGGCUUCAGGUGGGGCAGUGGGCGCUCCUGCCGGCGGGAGCAGCUUCCCUCCCUCUUCAAUGCCAAGCAGGAGCACGGUGGAAGCCCCUCAGCACCAGCAGCACCACCACCACCACCAUCACCAGUCACAGCAGCAGAGGAUGAUGAAGUCUGAAAGCAUGCCAGUUCAGCUGGGCAAAGGCGAGGCGGGCGAGGCGGCGCCGCCGGGGCCGGCCCAGGCCCAGGCCCCGGCCCAGGCCCAGCAGCAUCCCCCGGCCACCACAGGCCAAAGUUCAAAAAACAUCAGUUCAUCUCCAAGCAUAGAGAGCUUGUCUGGAGGACGUGAAUUUACAGGAUCUCCACCUUUUUCUGCAUCAAAAAAGGAUUCCUUUUUCAGCACCAUCUCCCGCUCACGUUCCCAAAGCAAAACUAUGAGCAGAAAAGAGUCGGAGGAGGAAUUAGAGGCCCAGAUUUCAUUCCUACAAGGACAGCUAAACGAUUUGGAAGCUAUGUGCAAAUAUUGUGCAAAGAUGAUGAACACGCAUCUUGGAAAUAUUCAGGAAGUCAUUUUGCAAGAACGCUUGGAAAAAGAAGAUGAAAUUCUGGUUUCCUUGGCUGGUUUGAAGCAGAUCAAGGAUAUCCUGAAAGGUUCAUUGCGUUUCAACCAGAGCCAGCUGGAAGCUGAAGAAAAUGAGCAAAUCACUAUUGCUGAUGAUCAUUACUGUUCCAAUAAUCAGAACAAGGGGGCAGGUGAUGUCCUAAAGGGACCUGUCAUGACAAAGCAACAGUUCAUCUCAGGACAACAGACUACAACCGAUUUGAGCACUAGUGAGAGCAAGAGUGCUGAUGACUAUAUCAUGGUUUCCAAAGAAGAGGAAAAAAGUAAAAGUGCUGUUCCAGAGCCAGUGCAGGUCCCUCAGGCACACAAGGAGGCAGCAGUGAAGCCAGAAGCUCCAUCUCGUUCUUCUUUGGUAUUUUCUGACCCUCUGAUGGGUUCCAUUUCAGCCUCAUCCAGCAACUUGAGCUCCAGCCCUGAUGACAACAGUAGUAAUAACAGCAAAGAUUCUGACUUUGCUAUUGUCAGCCCACUGGACAUCUAAAGAAACAGGCUGGGAGAGUCUGGGAAAUCUGUCAUUACAACUCGGCUCUAAUUUCUGUGAUUCCACAGACUGGAUAUUUCUUUGGAUUACGAGGACAGAAAAUAGAUAAAGGUGACCCAUUUCAGCUGCCAAAAGCCUAAAUUAAAAUAACAAGGCAAACAAAUAAAAAAACCACAUAAAUUUGCUACUUUUAAAAAAUAAUAUAUACGUUUUAAUAACUGCCUUAAAUAAAAACCCAGUAAAACCCAGUUCUAAUAUACAGUUAUUAUUAAUUAUGCUGUUACCUUACUUAGGAGCUUUGUUACUGUAGAACUGUUGCUUUCCCAAAACAUAGAAUAGUAUAUGCCAGGUACCGUAAUGGAAAUGUGUGGAUACUGGCAUCUGACCUGAAGCAGAAAAGACAGGCUACAUUUAAUAUUGUCCUUCUACAAAAUACUCUUGACUGGGUUUUCUGUGUAGGAAAGGGUACUGUUUCUUCAGAGACUGUGAUUAGAGAAAUAGGGAAUAAGUAUCAAAAAGAUUAAAAGUAUCAUCCUGGUAGGAAGUUUGUUCUCCCUUGAGGAAUCCUAGUUUCUUCAUUUUCAUCUGGCAAUAGCCUGAGGUGUGUUCAGGGCAGAGGUUUGUGUAGUUGUUCCUCAGUGCUUACAGAUUAUGUGACAAACUCCUUGAGAAUGGGAACUUACACAACAGAUCCCUAUUUGUCUUUGUCUACUUUCCCCCUUGAGAGUUCCCAGUUCAUCUCUUUCCCUCUUUAUCUUUGUCUACUUUUACUUCCUCUGGCAUGAUUUUUUUAAUUUUACUCAGACUGCCACAGUUAAAGCAGUAGGUGCAAGGGAAAUAAUAGCGUUUCAUAAUGUAGAUCUGAGCUGGUUGAACAAAAGCUAGCUCAAGUAUGAUAAUUUACCAGGGAAGGUUGCAAAGUGAAAUGGAAUGUUCAUAAUUAAAAGCACUUUAUGUCUCAUUGCUAUUAUCUUCUGUACAUUCUGUUUACAUAUAUUCCUAUAUGAUUUCCAUAUUUCUAAUCAAGAGAAACAUAAUGGUGCAGCAGCAUUAACCAACAGAAAGUUCUUAAUUUACUCUCUUACUUGUUUCUUUAUGGAAAAGUGUGUUUCUUUUCCAUCAAGUCCAUAGUACAUUUAAUAACAGCUUUUUUCAAGUAGAUAAGGGGGGCUUUUCUGAUCUCUUUAACCUCUGUUGGAAUUCAACUCUGUUUGGAAAACAAACUGGUGAUGAGUAGAUCUCUCCUCUUGCAGGGCCUACACAGAGUUAGCUUGAGGGAGGAAUGUUAGUAUGUCACUCUGUCAUAGCAGCAAAAAAAGCAUUAUUUGCUUUUAAGAUGCAUAUACAUUAUACCAUGCAACAACUUCCUAUUUGCAUGGCAAAGCUUGUGUUUGUUCCAAGUUAUGAAAUUGUAGUUAUUUGCUGCUUAGUCUGUAAUUGUAAAUGAAGUACUCUAUCCCAAAGAUGAGGUGACAUGCAAUUUUCUGGUCUUAGAUUUUACAAGGUCUAUGUCGGUGACUGAACUGAAGAGGUAAUUGUUAUGUAAUUACAUGGUAGCUGCCAUCCUUACAUGUUCAAAAGCCACCAUGUAGUUCUUCAGAAAUGAUUUGUGCCUUGUAGAAUGUUAAAAAUGCUAGAAUGUUAUGAGCAGGCAUAGCAUCACACCUCUCUGCAACAGAGUGAUGUGAACAAUCAGAUGACUAUUUAGAUGAAUGAUCUUAAACGCAUAACAUUUUGGAGAGGUGUUUAUUUUGGUUUAAUUUUAAGCAUCAUAAAAUAUCACUUUGGAAUUUCAGCAUGGAUGCCUGUUUCCAGUUUAUUUUAUUACCCUGAGUUUGCAUGAAUGGCAGGGGAUUGGGUGGCUACUUGAUUUAUUUAGGUCUUUCAAGCUUCUUUAGCCUCAACCUACACAGCAAGGCUUGUGGUGCCAUCAGCAAAGGGUGGCUGUUGAAGAAGUACCUGUAGAAAAAGAAAAUAAAUACUCUGGGGACAGAGAGAGAAGUUUUAUAUUCUGUGAUACAUAAACCUUCAAAGAUUCCAGUAGCUUGGCAGGACAAAAUGUUUUUACUUCUUUUUUAUUUUUUUAAGCAUCAGUCUUUUGAUUUCUAUUCUAGCGGGUCGUUCAGGGAUCACAUUGCUAUUUUCUUGAACAGUCUCAUUGCCAAUGGAAAAGUGUGAUUUGUACAGGUUUUUUAUUUUUGUAAAUUAGUUGUAUCUUUAAUAUUGCAUAUUUUAAAACAGUAGUAAAAUUAUAUAAAGAUUUGGGGAAUUUCUAAGAAGAAUCAGUGAAUACUGAUGACCUGAAUGCAUAUCAUGCCAUGGGAUAUGAUAAAAAUCUUCAAAAGCAGAGAGAUGAUAAUACAAAUAAGAUCACAGUAACUCCAGUAAAUGAAUCUGCUUUGGUUGUGCCAUGUGCUUCCACAUCUCAAAUAUGUUGUCUCUGAUAUUUGAUCAUAGUGCAGAGAUAGUUAAAAGUAUUUUAGUAUAUUUGUUAAGUUAGAAACUUGUAAGUUGGAUAAAACAUCAGAUCAUCACCCUGUUUUAUGUUAUGUUAAGAAUGUACUGAAAGAGAAACUGUCAUUUUAAAUACAAGAUUAUUCUUUUUCUCCAGAAAUGACCUGCUCAUAAUGUUCAUGGAUAACAAUAAUUAGAUAGAAAAUUUAUAAACAUUGCAAAUUGCUGAAAAAACUAAUGCAGCAUUAAGAUUGCUGAUCUGAGACUGUUUUACUGUAUCUCACAUCUGUAAUUUAUUACUUUAAAGUCUCUUGCAUGUCAUGUCAGUAUGUAUGUACUGCAGAAAGGCAGUGUCAUAUUUUGACUGGGUAUUGAUUUAGUUGUGGAGCUUUGUAUCUUUACUCUGGAAGAACAUCUAGCCCGCUUUAUUAAAGAAAGAAUUAAUAAACUUU